AUGAAGCGAAAGAACUCGGCUACCUUUCUCCAAAACAAUCAGGAUACCACCAAUGCUGCUAAUACCAAUGGCACGUCCAAUGGUGGCACCGACACUCUCAGCAAUGGCGGCGGAUCCAUGAAGGAAUCUCAUCUUGCCAGCAGCAAUGGCACUGCUUCCCGUCGCAAGAAUAAUAAUACUCAACAAAAGGAGGGAUUUCUGUCAUUCUUCUCCAAGGACAACCCUGGACAAAUCAAACGAAUCGUCUAUCCACACCAAAAAUCACAGCGCAGAAAACUACUCGAUACCCUUUAUACCUGGGCCAUUGCCAUUGUCUGUUUGGGGCUCUCGGUCAUGACCGUGGCGAUACACUACAUUCUGCUCUCCAAAACAAACAACAGUGUACGCCAACCAACCGUUUUUUCGUUUCGGGACAUUCAAUUGCCAUCAAAUCACAAAAUUCCAUCACAACUGAAACAAUCCAUUCUGCGACCACCAACAACAACACCAAACUCCAUACUACCCAUUUUACUGGACAGUAUCCUACUCAGCAAUACACAAGAAACUUCAUUCCAAUAUCCUCACGUCCAACUCGACAAUCAGACCACCGUCACGACGACGGGAAUGCAAUAUCCAGACGAAAUGGAUGACCACGUCUACAGCGACAAAAACUAUAGAGAUUAUGGAGAUGUCAUGGAGAUGAGAUUCCUCACACAAGAAGGACAGCAGAGGGCCAUUUACAAGGAACCUUGGGAAUCGGAAGGACGUGCCAGAGAUCUCAAUCAACCCCGCGAUGAUGAUGUAGAAGAAUACUGGGCGUUCGAUGGUAGGUUUGCGCUCCUGUGGCCCAAAAUCAUUCAAUCCACCGUACUCAUCACAACCGGAUUCAAUUCAAACUUUGCCUGCAUUCACGGUUCCUUGCACUUCAAUCUUGAUCCAUCAGAUGAUUGGCUCCGCAAUCCCUACGUGGCUUUUGACGAUGAAACAAUCCACGAACGGCGCAGAUGCCGACGCAACAACUGGACCCGAAAGAGUUUCCCAACUGGCAAUAUACUGCAUGAAAUUGAUAGAGUCAAAAACAUGCCAGCACUCAUUGGGGAGGGCGCCUAUCGGGAGGUCUUUUUGGUGGAAAACUACAACCUAGGAAACGAGGAACACGUUGUCCUAAAGGAGAUCCACUUUUCUCUGGAAAUGGGAUAUGAUUGCUUCGAAUACGUCCGAGUGGAUUCCUUGGUAACCGAACGAAUGACGUCGAACGAUCAAAUCGUCAACAUCUAUGGCUUUGUCGGCUUGUCAAUGAUUUGUGAAAGGUUUGCCAAUGGAGAUAUUGAAGACGACGUGGUGGGUUUCGAAGACAGGCACGAGGGGUUCAAGUACCUCAAUGAGCCAGAGCUCAAAGUUUUGAAUAAUUUCACUGGCAGCGAAAAGCUGAAGCUCGCCCUUUCCAUGGUGGAACCGCUGGCUGCGCUUCACAACUACGAAGGUGGAGUCAUUGUUCAUGAUGAUGUUCAGCUUUCACAGUUUCUGUGGACGGACGAAACCAAAACAGCGGUGAAGCUCAACGAUUUCAACAGAGCGGAAGUGAUGUUCUGGGACGAAGAGAAUCAAGAGUAUUGCAGGUACCAGAAUGGAAGAGGGCAUGGUGAUUGGCGUUCUCCGGAAGAAUACAAAGACGGACCUUUGAAUGAGAAGAUUGACAUCUUUUCUUUGGGGAACAACUUCUACUCGCUUUUGACAGGAUACUAUCCCUUUCCAGAUGUGGAGGAUAACGAUUUCAUCAAGAAACAAAUAUCCGAGGGUGUAACGGGUGAGAUCGACCCGAGGUUUAGUUCCAGAUCUUUUGGAGAGAAUAGGUUGAUUGAUAUCAUAGAAGAGUGCUAUGCGUAUGAUCCAGAUGACCGGCCGAGCAUCAAUCAGCUACAAAAAAUGCUGGAGCUUGCCAUUGCGCAGGAUGAGCUUUUGGCUAAAACCAACUACACCGAAUGGCACUACGAUCCGGAUCUGGACAGCGAUUCUGAGGAGACCGAGGACGAAGAUAGUCACAGCGACUAUGACAGCCACAGCGACUAUGAGAAUUCGGACGAGUCGGACUACGAAGAAGACGAAGAAGAAAGCCACAGUGACCAUGAAUACCCUGAGGAUGAAGAACAUGAUGAUGCUACGGAAACAAGUGAUCGCGAGCAAGAGGAAUGGGCAGAGCAUCACGCUGAGUACCAUGAAGAAGAAGAAGGGAUACACGAGGAACCAUUGGUGGACGAGCAACACGACGAAGACGAGGAACCAGCAGGCGAGCAGACAGAACAGUCUGGUGGAGAAGACAACGACCACGAGUAUGAACACACAGAUGAACCGCACACCCAAGACGAGGCAGGUCACGAUGCAGAUUGGGAAGAUCAUCACGAUUAUGAAGCCACAGAAGAACCUCACUGGGAAGACCACGACACAGACUUUCAUGCUACCGAGGAUGAAGAAUCAGAACUCCAGGAGCAACACGUCGCGUGA